AUGAUAGUACAAUUUUCAGUUUACAUCGCAGGAGGACUUGUAGUUUUUGCGCUCAACAUGUUGUAUUUUGCUGCAAUCGUUCGAACAAAGAUAAAUCGUGAAAGAUACGGCCUCACAGGAAUGGAGUUUUUCGCGGAUGGUUUAAUGGCAUUUGCGAUUGCGUUAGCUGGUAUGGUACGCAUUGUUCAGAUUUUAUUAGAAAAUCAAAAUAGUACAGUUUCAAGAAUAUUUUGCGUGGUUGUACCAUAUAAUGCUAUUCUGGCUUGGACAGAGCCGAUGACCGCUAUAUCAAUGCUUGUAGUUAGUAUUGACCGGUUAAUUUCAAUCGUCAAACCUAUUUUGUAUUAUAAAAAAUGUUGA